GCAGCUUUAAGCAGGAAAUUACAGAACAUCGACGUCAUGGAGAUGGAGUAGGACGGUGCUAAAAAGACUUCAUAACAUUUCGUGGCCCUGGAUGAUGUUGAAAGACGCUCAGCGAGGACCCACGAGACUUACAGUCGAGGGCCCGUUUGUUGAGCUGUGUUUAUGGAUCAUGUGAGUAAUAUAAACAGAAGGCACGUUUCUCCGCGCGCUCUGAGCUCGAGCUGAGUUGGCAACAGGACCCCACCUGUGUUUAAUCACAAAGACACGAUACUGUACAUGCAACUUCACACCGAUCCAGCUCUGAGGGCUGACGCUCAAAGUCUACAAGUGGAAGCAUGAACUGAGAAGUCGCGCUUUGGACUCCUAAAACUUGCUUGCCAUGAGAUAAAGGCAUACUUAUGUUUAUAAGAUGACACUCAACACACAGAAAGAGGGAAAGGAACCACUGAGGAGAAGAGCAAGUACUCCCAUCCCCUCAUCUCGUCAAGUGGGCAAGGGAGAAAGAGGCCCCUUCGCUGACCCGUAUCACCCUCCACUCACCCAGUCAGCCUCGUACCACCCUGGAGACAAGAGCAUCCACUCACGGGCCAACUGGUCUUCAGACUCCGAGUCGGACAGCUCUGAAGCUGAGUGUCUUUAUCACGUGGUUUUGUUGGGGGAUCACGGCGUGGGGAAGUCAAGCCUUGCCAACAUUUUUGCUGGAAUACAAGAGAAGGAUGCCCACAAACACAUUGGAGAGGAUACAUAUGAGGGAACCCUUAUGGUUGAUGGGGAGGAGACGACCCUAGUUGUGAUGGACACGUGGGAAACAGAAAAACAGGAGGAAGAUGAGAAGUGGGUGCAGGAUUACUGCAUGCAGGUGGGCAAUGCUUACAUCAUUGUUUACUCCAUCACCGACCGCAGCAGCUUUGAGAGCGCAUCAGAGUUACGAAUCCAGUUGCGUCGCAUCCGGCAGGCUGAAAACAUUCCCAUCAUCCUUGUGGGCAACAAAAGUGACUUAGUGCGCUCUCGAGAAGUGGCAGUGGAAGAGGGUCGGGCUUGUGCGGUGGUAUUUGACUGCAAGUUCAUAGAAACCUCCGCCUCCCUCCACCACAACGUUCACGAGCUCUUUGAGGGCAUUGUGAGGCAGAUCCGACUGCGGCGAGACAGUAAAGAGAUCAAUGAGCGCCGACGCUCCAUCUACAAGCGAAAAGAGAGCAUCACCAAGAAAGCCAGACGCUUCCUAGAUCGACUUGUGGCCAAGAACAACAAGAAGAUGGCCCUGAAAGUGCGCUCCAAGUCCUGUCAUGACCUCACAGUGCUGUGAACCCACAGAUCACUCUCAGUCCUUGAACUCUGGGUUCUCUCCUUUGUUUUCUGUUUGUAAGGCAAAAGAGGAUUUGUCUUUCUGAUAAGACUUCUUUUAGAAGAAGAAUUGAAAUUCAAUUCACAUUUUUUGUUUGUUUGUGUUGUUUAUUUAUUCAUUUACGUCAGAAUCUAGCAUUAACAACCUUUUUACUGAUUCCCCUGACGAUCUUGAGGUUUUGUUCAUUGUUCUAUGUCCUAUAGAUCAGUUUUUU